AUGCUGCCCGUCCCUGCAGGGUAUCCCGUAGCAAGACUGUCCGGACCUGUGCUUGUCGCCUGUCUCUUGCACUGGGGACUCUUCGGGACCCUUUCUGUGCAGCUGUAUCUUUACUAUCUAGCAUUUCCUAAGGACAGAAAAUUCACAAAAUAUCUGGUCUAUGGCCUUUAUAUUAUUGAGGUUGCUCAGACGAUUCUAGUCACCCACGACGCCUUUGCAACGUUCGGGAGUGGCUUCGGUGAUAUGGAAGCCCUCACUGGCAUGCAUUUUGAUUGGCUCACUGUCCCCAUCAUGAGCGCUGUUGCUGCCUGCGUUGGGCAGGUCUUCUAUGCCUACCGAAUCUUCAUACUGUCAAAGUCACGGAUUGUCCCUAUAUUCGUCACCUGUGUAUCCUUGACCAGCUCUGCGGCAGCUAUUAUCACAGGCAUUGAUUGUUUCCAGGCAGGCAACAUCAUUAAACUCAAUAAUGAGAAAACAUCCAUCGCCAUCGGGGCAAGCAGCUAA